AUGGGUUCGGCCUUUAAGAGGUUCUGCACGCAGUUGUGCUGCUGCUGCUGCUGCGCCGACGAUGACGACGACCAAAAACAACCUUUAGUAACUCCUGAUCCACUGGACUAUUUUACUCGUGAAGUCCAGAAGAGGCGAGAUGAGGAGACCAACCUGUGGAGCGAACCUGGAGACCCCAGCCACACGGAGCGAGACGACGACCGCACGCUUUACGGACUGCUUCAGGCCAGGAACAUGACCCGGGUUGGGUCCACGGGUUACCGUCGUCUGAGUGUCGACAUCGAGGCCAUGAGAGACACGCGCAGAGAGGUCAGGGACAAAUGGAGAACCAUCCUGGAGAACCUGGGCUUCAUGGCGGAGGCAGACUCCCUGCUGACCGUGUCUGCUGGUGCGUCACAUGACCGCAUGCAUGACGCCUCAGCAGCGCGGGCCUUGCUUCACACGCUGCACACCGAGACCUCCAUCUUCAACGGCAACGAGCCUCCGCCGGAGAGAUACCUGUUCAUCCUGGAUCGCCUCCUGUACCUGGACAUAGCUGAGGAUUUCCUGGCGAAGGCAAAGCGCUUCUAUCCUCCGAGAGAUGGUUCUGAAGACGAGGAGGAGACGCCAGGCCUCGCCAUCAACCUGCCGCUGCUGCUGGCCAGAGUCCAGGCCAUGAACGGACGUGGUGCAGAAGAUGAGGAUGAAAGUGAUGAGAGGGAUGAUGAAAACUGAGCCUGAAGAUUCGCAGGCUGCAGUAACAGAAGAUAGCCAGCAGGGGGCAGUAGUCAGCA